AUGGAUGUGGAGGAUGAGCCGCUGCUGUUUCAGACCAGAUGGGGAGGGGAGGAAGACGAGGAGGAGGAGGAGGAGGAGGAGGAUGGAGUAGCACAUGCAAGAGGACAGAGGUGUUUUUCUGGGGAGGCUGGGGUGUGUGGAUUUUGGAGGGCAGUAGGAUGGGUGUACACACAGCCCUGGGCCAGUGGAGUGGUUUUAGGGAUAGUUGUGUCACUACCAUGCGCCCUGUUUUCCUACAUGCUCCUCUACUGCCCUCCUCUGGACAUAGACCUCUCCUACAGUGCCUUUGAGGUCCACAGUCACUUCUCUGCCGAGCGCUUCGAUGCCCUCACCAUUGCUGUAAAGACUCAGCUGGGGUCCUGGGACAGACGUAGGCGAGACUUAGAUAACAGCAAGUCUGAGUCCCUGAGGGAACUUCUGCUGGAGAGGCUGAGCAGACAGGGAGCAUUCAACAGGACAGAUAAUGAGGGUGUGAGGUCUUCCAACCACCCUUUACAUGCAGGAGAUGAUCAGAAGCGAGGAUCCUCAGAGAGCAGAGAUAAAAGGACAGCGCUUGAUUUGGGUCUGGAUGAAAUAGGGAAGCACAACAACUCAGAUCACAGAGCAGCGGAGGAAGCAGAGAGAUUAUUUGAUUGGGAUGAGAAUUUGACUCUUCCACUCGUUAGGAGGAGCAGGUUUGCUCCCAAUUACUACUUGCAGAGCCAGGCUCUGUGGAGGAUCGAGCUGGUAUUUGUGGCUCAAGGGGAAGGCGAUCGCAACAUCUUCACCCCUGAACGUCUGCAGACGAUCCACCACGUGGAGCGCCUGCUCAUGCAGCACCCACAGUUUCAUCAGUUCUGCUGGAAGCCUCUGGAGAUGUUGAGGGAUCUGCCACUGGGACCGUCCUACUGCUCUCCACCAAGUUCACUCCUGUCUUAUCUAUACCCCAGUGAGAGGGGAGGCAAGAUAUACUAUGAUGGCAUGGGCCCAGAUCUAGCUGAUAUUCAAGGUUCUCUGAGUCUGGCCAUCACCCACCCACAGUUCUACUGGUACGUGGAUGAGAGUCUGUCCCCUGAGCACCUCUCCUCCACCCUCUUACGCAGUGAGAUCCACUUCGGAGCUCCUCUUCCUUCCUACUACUCCCCGCAGGACCGAGCUCACGAGCAAAGAUCACGUUUCAAAAACUUUGUAGUUCAGUAUGCAGAAAUCCUGGCAAAGCAAUCUACCAGCCAGGUGAAGGUGCUGUAUGGGGGAACGGAGCUGUUUGACGAUGAGGUGAGACACACCUUCCACAACGACAUGAUGCUGGCUGUCAUCAGUGGAGCUUGCAUUACUGUGCUCGUCUAUGUCCUUACCUCCUUUUCUGUGUUUCUGACUUUCUUUGGACUGACUAGCAUUGGGCUGAGCUGCCUAUUGGCUCUUUUCUUGUACCAUGUUGUCUUCGGCGUGAGGUACCUGGGUAUUCUCAAUGGAGUUGCAGCCUUUGUUAUUAUCGGUAUUGGGGUGGAUGAUGUAUUUGUGUUCAUUAGCACCUUCAGACAGGCUUCUCAUCUGCGUCAUCCACAGCAGCGAAUGAUCUACACAAUAAAAACAGCUGGCCGAGCUACUUUUCUCACCUCCUUCACUACUGCAGCUGCCUAUGCUGCCAACACCUUCUCUCAGAUUCCAGCCGUGCAUGACUUCGGCCUAUUCAUGGCCCUCAUUGUCAGCUGCUGCUGGCUUUGGGUAUCCGCCCUGAUGCCCGCCGCCCUUUGUAUCUGGACUGAGUGUGUGGAGCCUCAGGAACACGCCUGGUUGAAUCGCUGGAAGCUGUUUUCGGGCCUGUCAGCGAGCCACGGCCCUUUGUCGGAUGAGGAUGAUGAUGUGGCACUUCUGUCAGUGGAGAUGGAGCCAGGCUCCUGUGACACAGACGGCGACACGUCCAUUCUUUCCCUGUCAGUGGAGACACCUCUGUCACCUCCAGGGCAGCAGCAUGUGGGUGCUGUGAGCACGAAUCUCCGGAGGGCUCUAAAACACUUAGUGGCAGAGCCAGUCGUGGUGCGACGAAAGGCCGUUCUAGGUGUCUUCCUCCUGGUGCUGCUCUUGUCUGCCGGUUUCUGCUGUCUCCUGAGGCCCGCCACUCACGCCCCUCUUCUUUUCCGCCGGGACACAAACCUCCAGACUCUGCUGGCUCUGAGGAGCAACCUCAGCAGCCAAGGCAUCUCCUGCCCCAUGUGCUCAGGUGUGUUCAUGGAAAAGCCACAUUCUUUGUACUCCCACGCUUCCUCAUCAGCAUUUAAGUUCUCUACACAUCAGCAGACCAAAAGCACAACAACCUUCUCUUCUCCUCGGAGCUCAGUAAAAACAAAUUUAAGCACCAACCAAACAGGCCCUUUACUUACAGUGUUCAUAUCAAAAUUGGAAGUCAGAGCCUCUACAACCCUUUAUCGCUUCUCCCUCAACACCAGCACUCCCUCCCCAUGGAAACUGUGCAGCACAGAGCUUGAAGAGGUGUCAUCAUUUCAGGCUUAUAAUCAGCCCCGCGGCAAUUACACCACCAGAAUGACAGUGUGUGUUUCCCAUGUGUACCAUCCGUACCCCAGCUGGAUGAUCACAUCCACCUCGUGUGAACCCCGUCAUGGCUGGACGCCAGAGUUUUCCUUUUAUGUAGCGUCGUCUCUGCAGAAGCACAGCAGGAGACUGUGCUUUGCCCAGUGCCGCCUGAGACCUCAUCCCAGCCGCGUGUGUGCCAACCCGCCUGGCUGCGGCAUAAGUUCUGGGCCUGAUGGACCCACACAGGGAACCUUUUACAUUCCUCUUCCCAGUGAUCCCUCUUCUGCUGCCAAAACGAAAUCAUCAAAAACGUUUGGUUUCAACCCAUGCAGUGGUGGUACAUGUGGCCAUCCAGCGGUUCGUCCUCUGGUCGACACCGGGGCGAUGGUGUUUGUUGUGUUUGGCAUCUUGGGAGUCAACCGAACUGAAAAUAGGGACAACCACGUUAUUGGUGAUAUGGGCAGCAUUAUAUUGGACCCAGACUUUGAUAUUUUCCAGGAAAUGGGGCUUCUUUGCAAGAUCUGUAAAGCUAUUAGUGCAAACACACAACUUGUGAAGCCAGGAGGAGCGCAGUGUUUGCCUUCAGGUAAUAAACUGUCGUCUAUUCUGCCUCUACUCCAUCCUGAAUGUCACUCUCUCCCUGAGCCCAACCUGCUCCCGGGGCAGCUCUCCCACGGAGCCGUGGGAAUGCGUGGAGGCAAGGUCCGCUGGCUGUCCAUGGCCUUUGAGUCCACCACAUACAAGGGAAAAUCCUCCUUUCAGACCUAUUCCGACUUCCUUCAGUGGGAGAACUUUAUCCAGGAGCAGCUCGCCUCACUCCCGCAGUCCUCCGCUCUGCAGCGGGGUUUCCAGACCUGCGAGCACUGGAAGCAGAUCUUCAUGGAAAUUAUAGGUGUGGAGAGUGCCCUCUGGAGUCUGCUGCUGUCUCUGGCCAUCUGUGUGGCAGCUGUGUCCGUGUUUACUGCACAUCCUCUGCUGCUGCUCCCAGUACUCAUAACCAUUCUAGGAGUGAUCUGUGUGGUAGUGGCAGUCAUGUAUUGGCUGGGCUGGGAGAUGGGAGGAGUGGAGGCGAUUUCUCUUUCUAUACUUGUGGGAUCCUCAGUGGAUUACUGUCUGCACCUUGUGGAGGGAUACCUGCUGGCUGGGGAGGCCACUUCCUCUAUGCCUGGUCAUAACUCAGAGUCUGGAGCCGAGAGGCAGAGACGGACCUUGGAGGCAGUGAACCAUGUGGGCGUUGCCAUAGUGUCCAGCGCCAUCACCACGGUGAUCUCCACAGUCCCUCUCUUCUUCUGUGUCAUUGUGCCUUUUGCCAAGUUCGGCCAGAUAGUAGCCAUUAACACUGCUGUCUCCAUUCUUUUCACCCUGACCGUGACUGUGGCCAUGUUGGCGUGUAUGGCCCCCGCCCGCUUCAGCAGACCGCCCGGCGCAGUGCUGAAGGCCAGCCUGGCCGUGAUGGCCGCGGCAGCCUUGGGAGCGGCUCUGUGCUGGGUGGGAGGACAGCUGGGAGCGAUGGCCUGGCAAUCAAUCAGCACGUAA